AUGGAUAGCAAAGAGAACUAUUAUAACAUCAAAUAGAUGACAGAAUCUUUUAGGAAUGUUAAAAAAUACUCAUAACACUCAAAUACAAUUGUAGAUAUGUUUGUAGAAAUCACUUAGAAAUUGGACAAAUCUUCCAAAGAUUAUUUAUCAAAAGUCAUUCCUAUUGAUGAUGAAAAAUCAACACUAAAUUAAGUAGACACAAUCAUCAUUAUGAAUUAUUUCAAAUAAAUAGUUGUCUAUCUCAUUAAAACCAAAGUCGAAUUAGAAGAAAAAACAUAAUAAAUCGAACCUCAGACUCAAUAUGAGACCUUGAUUCAGAAACUUGAAGCUGAUGUUCGUCAACAUAUUCGAAUUGAAUAACAGUUGAGAAUCUACACGGAAACCUUGUAGUAAAAGAUUGAUGAUUUCAUAAGCGAAAGAGAAUAAUAAAUUUAAUUGAUCAAAGAAUAUGAACAAUAAAUCAAAUAGAAGAACAAAGAUAUAGUAAUCUAUCAAAGUGAACUUCGAAAAGCAGUUAAUUAAAACUAAUAAAAGCACACCAAACUUGUAACUGAACCUAUCCAUGAAGAAUAUGAUACGACAUACCAUAAAAAUAAAUUAAAUCAAACUAAUUACACACAUCAAAGAAAACCUAGCCAGCUCAAUGAGGAAAAAUCUGUACCUAAUAAAUCUCAAAUCAAUAGUUAUAAAAAUUCGCCAGAAAGAAUCCCAAUUCGUAAGAUAUCAGUGACCAAUUAUGCUGAAACCAAAGCCAUCAAAUAGCCUGUCUUUAUUCGACAGCCUUGUCCAAUGUCAUAUUCACAUUUAAAAACUGAAACAUAAAUCAGUUAUAGAAGUAACAGUUAAGAAAGUAAGUAUCUAUAAAAAAAUUAAGUAAAAUGA